AUGGUCCAUGAAAAUGAAAAGAGUAAGUCUAGAGUCUUCAACACCCAAGCUGUGAUUAUCGACAAUGGCUCUGGACUGUGCAAGGCCGGGGUCUCGGGAGAAGUUGGCCCACGACACGUCAUUGCCUCUGUUCUUGGCUGCCCCAAAAGCAAAUUAUCGUUAUCCAAAAACCGGCAAAAGGAAUGCUAUAUAGGAGAUGAAGCCCAGGACAGGCGCGAAAUGUUGUCCUUGAGAUAUCCCAUCGAGGGCGGCAGCGUUACUUCAUGGGACGACAUGGAAAAGAUCUGGAAACACAUCUAUACCAAAGGGCUGAGAAUGAAAGCGUUUGAGAGGCCUUUGCUCAUGACGGAGUCACCUCUGAAUCCCAAAGAAGACCGAGUCAAACUCACUCAGUUGAUGUUUGAAUGCUUUAAGGUGCCGGCCUUCUACCUCUCUAUUCAAGCCAUCCUAUCUCUCUAUGCUUCGGCACGCUAUACUGGGAUAGUGAUGGACAGUGGCUUUGGGGUCAGCCACGCGGUGCCAGUAUACGAGGGGUACUGUUUGCCCCACGCCGUUACCAGGUUGGAUAUUGGUGGCAGAGAUAUCACGGAGUUCUUGAGGGAACUGCUUCUGGAAAACAGACAAUACUUCAGGAAAUUUCCAGAAGGGAGCAACAUUGUGGAAGACAUCAAAGUGAAGCUGUGUUUCGUGGCCCUGGAUGCCUACCAUGAACAGAAUAGGAGGUCUGAGGAAUUUCCCAAGGAAUAUGAGCUCCCUGAUGGUAACAAGAUCAAAAUUGGUGAUGCCCUCUUCCUAGCGCCGGAGAUCCUUUUCACACCCAGCAACAUUAACAGAAACGGGCAAGGCCUUCACAAAAUGAUUGCCAAGAGCAUCAAAAAAUGUGACCCCAGCAUCCAAAGCGUGCUCUACAGCAACGUAUUGCUUUCUGGAGGUUCCUCUCUCUUUCCCCGAUUAGACGAGAGGGUCUUCAAAGGGCUGGAAACUCAAGUCUCCCAAGGGGUUCCCAUCAAGGUCAUCGCGCCCCCAGAUCGGUGGUUCUCGACAUGGAUCGGGGCCUCCAUCAUUACAUCCCUGAGCACCUUCAAGCAGAUGUGGGUCACCGCUGCCGACUACAGAGAGUUUGGACCCAACGUUGUCCUGAGAAAGUGCUUUUAA